UCUCUUUAUUAUCUAUUUUUUUUUUGCAGUAACGUUCCAGCCUGAACAGUUCUAGGAGUGCCAGAGUGGCAGCACAUUCGCAAAAUUACUAAAUCUCGCACCGCAGAAUUUCAAGCAGCGCGCUCUCAGUUUCGAUGCUAUUUUGGCGUGCAAUUAAGCAUUCACAUUAUUUGGGUAACCGGAUACCAUCCGCUAUCGUCAUCAGUUUGGAGUGCUCACACCUGCUUCCACACAUUCGGUUAUUACCAUUUCUGGUAUGCUAAACUGUGCUCUACGCCACGAUGUUCAUUCGUAGUCAGCAGCUCCCGAACGGCGUGGGAAGCUCCAUCGUUGGCAAUGAUUGGAGUGAUUUCGAAGUGGUGGCCUGUGUGGUAGCGAGAUCCGUAAUUUUGGUUUGAACGAUCGACCCAUAAUGUGAUGGUGGUUGCGUCGAAAGUUAAUUAGAUGUUUUAAUUAAGUGACAAAUCACUGCAUCGUAUGACCAGCACCAAGUAAUCUGACGUUUGGUGAUUCCUGAAAUUGAUGGUUGGCGAAGAGCGGAAUGUAAUGUAACCAAGGGAGAUUCAAAAGGGUACCAAACUACGACAAAACCAUCAGACGCAUCGCCAGCAGCAGUGCCAGCCGACGCAAGAAUGUAAACCAAAAAUUACAUCACGUACAUCGGAUUAAUCAUCACACCGACCGAGACACUGCCUGUCUGACCAUUCUGGUUCCGAAAAGUUCGGAAGCUCGAAGCGCUUCGGAGGGGGGCAGAAAAUAAAAGCUAGCUCGAACUUGUUAUCAGUGACGGCCUCGGGAAAGGCCGCAUAGAAAGAAAAAAAAACGAACCGAACCAAAAUAUCCUGGAGGUGUGAGCAGUAAUCUCGCACCAUGAAAGGAUCCGACUCCAGUACAAAACUAUGGAGCGCCUCAUCUUCGCCGUCAACCAGCAGUCACGAUCUGAUGAUGACCAGCGACCACCAGCAGCUCCACCAACAUCCGUUUCCUCCUCACUCAACCCAUCAUCAUCAUCAUCAUCAGCAGCAGCAGCAGCAACAGUCUUUGGCGAUGAGUUCGCUAAACAGCAGCCACAAUUCGGAGAUGGGUUCAACCCUGCUACUGCUCGGCACAACCAGCGACGGUCCUGGUCCGGGUGGGGGAACCACGGGUGGACUGAAACUGACGAGCAGCUCAACUUCAGCUGACAAAACCAGCCACAACGGAUAUACAGUGAUGCGCUCGACAUCGUCCUGCACGAUCCAUGGCUUUAACGGUGCGGGAGGAGGUGUAAAUAUCAGCAGCAACAGCAGCCACUUUACAAACGGCUGUGGCGGCAACGGUAGCAGCAGCAGCAGCAACAGUAGCAGCAGUAGUAGUAGUAGUAAUAGUAAUAGUAGGGGUAAUUAUUUCUUCGGUGGCAACAGCGGAGGAGUGUACGGUGUGGGCGGAUCCGGGAAUGCAAACAUUCUCGCACGGUGCUGCAUCUACCUGACCAAAGGACUGAACCUGCGGAUAUGUGCCGUGGCGCUGGUGAUAGUUACGAUAGUUUCCAUGCUGUAUUAUAACUACUAUAUGGAUAGUUCGCCGAUAGCUAGCUUUAUGCACCGUGAUACUCGACCCGCACCGUUGAUCCACUGUCGGAUGCUGAACGGAAAGGUUCCCAUCGAAGCAUCGCCGGCGCCGGACCAUCGAUCGGAGGCCCGGCUUCGUAUCGACCCGAAGGUGCUGGUGUUUGUCGAAACGACCUACUCCCGGCUGGGACGGGACAUUGCCGAACUGCUCGUGUACAACCGAAUCAAAUACAAAGUCGAAGUCGCCGGCAAAAACGUCCCGGUGCUGACCAUUCAGGACAAGGGCCGGUACGGUGUGAUCGUGUUCGAGAACUUGGAAAAGUACCUGCAGAUGGAUAAUUGGAACCGGCAGCUGCUCGAUAAGUACUGCCGUGAUUACUCGGUGGGAAUUAUUGGCUUCGUAGCUGCCAGUGAGGAGACCCUGGUGGGAGCUCAGUUACGCGGUUUUCCACUGUAUGUGCACACGAACUUACGACUGCGGGAUGCUAGUUUGAAUCCUGGUUCACCGGUGCUGCGUUUAACUCGGGCCGGCGAUACUGCCUGGGGCCCACUACCCGGAGGAGAUUGGGCCGUAUUCCAGCAUAAUCAUAGCACAUAUGAACCGUUAGAAUGGGCCCAACGGAACACACAGGACUAUCCGACGGACGGAGUGCAACCGCCGUUGGCUACGGUAAUUCAGGAUCACGGCCGGGUGGAUGGAAUCCAGCGAGUGUUGUUCGGUGCUGGGUUGCGAUUUUGGUUGCAUAGGUUACUGUUUUUGGAUGCUUUGUCCUACUUAAGCCAUGGACAGCUCAGUUUGAACCUUGAACGAAGGAUACUGAUCGAUGUGGAUGAUAUAUUCGUUGGUGAAAAAGGAACUCGACUUAAACCGGAUGAUGUUCACGCCUUGAUUGCCACCCAAAAUCGUAUAUCGCGAAUGGUUCCGGGGUUUAGGUUUAAUCUGGGAUUUUCGGGAAAGUACUUUCACCACGGAACGCACGAGGAAAAUCUCGGAGACGACAUGCUGCUGAGAAACGUAGAUCAGUUCAACUGGUUCUCGCACAUGUGGAAUCACCAGCAGCCUCAUUUGUAUGAUAAUGUGACAACGCUGAUGAACGACAUGAUGCUGAAUAAGGAUUUUGCCAAGGAGAAAGGUAUUCCGACGGAUUCGGGCUACUCGGUUUCGCCUCAUCACUCCGGAGUCUAUCCGGCGCACGAGCUUCUCUACAUGGCAUGGAAAAAGGUGUGGAACAUUAAGGUAACGUCGACCGAAGAAUAUCCACAUCUUCGUCCAGCGCGUCUUCGUAGAGGUUUUAUCCACCGAAAUAUCAUGGUGCUUCCCAGACAAACCUGCGGCCUUUUCACUCACACAAUGUACAUCGAUCGCUACCCGGGCGGACGCGACAAACUGGACGAAUCCAUCCAAGGCGGAGAAUUGUUUCAAACUAUUGUUUACAAUCCGAUUAACAUUUUCAUGACUCACAUGUCGAAUUACGGAAGCGAUCGCCUUGCACUGUACACAUUUGAAUCCGUAAUCAAAUUCUUACGAUGUUGGACGAAUCUCAAGCUGACUUCAGCUCCACCGCUACAGCUUGGUGAAACUUAUUUCAAGCUACAUCCAGACGAAACGGACCCCGUGUGGGGCAAUCCAUGUGACGAUCAACGACACAUUAAGAUCUGGUCACGGAACAAAAGCUGCGAAACACUGCCAAAAUUUUUAGUAAUUGGACCGCAAAAAACAGGAACCACCGCUCUGUAUACCUUCCUCAGUUUGCAUCCAUCGCUAGCGAGUAACCUCCCGAAUCCGGAUACCUUCGAGGAGAUUCAGUUCUUCAAUGGCAACAACUACUAUCGUGGUUUGGAUUGGUAUCAGAACUUUUUCCCGGUUCAGGCGAAUGGGACCGGCGGACGGUAUAUGUUUGAAAAAUCGGCCACCUACUUCGACGGGGAAUUGGUACCGAAACGUGCACAUGCACUGCUGCCGCAUGCCAAACUUGUCACGAUACUAAUUUCGCCUGCGAAACGAGCCUACUCCUGGUAUCAGCACAUCAAAGCUCACGGAGAUCCGAUCGCAAACAAUUACACUUUUUUCCAGGUAAUCAUGGCCACCGAUUCGGCGCCCAAGUCGUUACGGGAUCUACGCAACCGCUGUCUGAACCCGGGCAAGUACGCUCAGCAUCUGGAACGGUGGUUGGCUUACUAUCCGCAGCAACAGCUGCACAUCAUCGACGGCGAACAGCUCAAGUCCAAUCCGGUCGAGGUGAUGAUGGAACUGCAGCGGUUCCUGAAACUUUCGCCCAUCUACGACUACAGUGAGCACCUUCGGUUCGACAACAAGAAGGGCUUCUACUGUCAGAUUGUCAACGAGAACAAAAACAAGUGUCUGGGGAAAUCGAAGGGACGCCAGUAUCCGCCGAUGGACGAGCGGAGCGCCAAGUGGCUGCAAAGGUAUUACCAAAACCACAACAGUGCCCUCAACAAGCUCCUGAAGAAGCUCGGAUCUCGUCCCAUUCCCCAGUGGUUGAAAGAUGAUCUCUCCACGACAUCAUAACAUCAGCGGCAACAGCAACAACAGUUGCAGAAGCAACAGCAGCAGCAACUGGAACCGAUCAUUCAGUGUAAAAUGCUCUGAAAAAUGGCACAUCUGUACAUUUUUUCUGUUGAUAGUCAUUCAAUUACGGUUCUGCGAUAUGCAGGCUAUGUCAUUAGUCAGUCCAGCUGUACAAAUCAAGAUUACAAGUAGAGAAUCGGAACAGACUAUAAACACCGAAUGAGAUUUAAUUUUAGGAUAGCUAGUAGUAGAGCCGACAGAUUGUAGGUAAAACGAAAGCCACUUGUUACUCAGAGUAAGAUCGUUUCGUUGUUCCCUGAAGGUACGCUUUAAGUUUAGUUGGUACGGUUUAACCCUUUGUGAUUAUCAUUCCUUGCUUUGGAAAGGAAGCAAAAUUUUAAUUUGUUAAGAUGUGACCUUGUUUCGGUAGAUCGAAUCACCACAUAAGAUCCACUAGAACACUUCACCUGCGUCAUAAUCUGCAGCUGCAACACUAAAAGUAUUCUCCUCCUAUUUUAAUAUAAGUAAAAAAAAGUCGGUUUUCACAGUGAUUGCAUUCAAUUGAUUUAUUAAUAUGAAAUUCUCAUCAAAUUGAGAACAAAAAUUAAGAACAUCUAGUUUCGUGGGUUGUGUCUUGGAUACUAGAACGUAAAGUGUUCGUCACCAGGUGGCUUCCUGCGUGGUUGCUAUCGGGUGGGGGUAAGAUUAGAAUGUACAUUACAUUCGGCCUAGCAAUCGAGUAAAAUAUCCAUUGUAAAACGGGUUUAGUUUUUCACUUUUAUAGCUAUACCGAGAAUAAAUCGAACGACGAAAAACCUGAGGGGCCUUUCGGCUGCAGUCAGUAUAUUGUGUACAUUUUAGUUUAAGUUUUCUAUUUUUGACAGUCGUUCUAGAGUCAAUUGUUUUGUUGCCAUAUUUUAACUGUACGUUUAAGGAAACCUCCUAACAUUAAGACCCUGCUUCCUAAUCGUUUAAGCUCUAUUGAUAUCAUUGGAUGUACUUAUUCUAAGAUAAACGGAGGCCCGAUGAUGAUGCUGAUGAUAACAGAAACUUGUACUUACUGAUUGAGGGAGGUGAAACAAAAACGGAACUCAGAAUGUCAUCCUCAUAUACUAGCAAAAGGUGCGUGGAAUAAUAAAUCUUUGAAGGACGCAAUAAAAGCAAAAUUUAACAUAUCUAACAAAUGGUAAUACUGAAUAAAAAAAAGUUAUUGUCCCAGCGAAAAACACAUUCACAUUCAGAGAGAAAUAAGAAAAUUGUCUAUUUUUUUAACUGCUGUACGAAAAGUAAAAUUAUGAGAAGCUAAGGUCAUUGCGAGAAUACGCUUGAAAUUUCGAUCAGUCCGAUGAUUCGAACGCAUGUAGAUAUUCCGGAAACGGUCUAAUAAGAUAUACAGCCAGUAGAGCGAUGCGUAGAUCCAGAAAUCACUCAGUCCGAGAUUUUGAAGCUGACUACGACAAGGACGACGACGUCUAGGACGCUGGCGGGCACAUUUCCAGUGUUUUGUUGAUAAUUAUUAUUGUCAUUAUAAUCCUAGAUAGGUAGAGAGAGAGACACCGCAGCUGGAAAGUAAAGAAAAGUGUAAAUAGUGCUUUUAAGAGGCCUCAACAGCUGAAUCCAACAAAUAAUAAAAAAAAAACAUUGCGCAAGGAUGUUAUCAGAGCCAGAAUAAAAAAUCAACUUGAGCUGAGAAUUAAUCGAAA